GAAGCGCUGCGGAGUGACGUCCCGCUGCUCGGAGUGAAAGCUCGGACAAAAGUUGCAGCGCACGGAGCACAUGUGCUUCAAGAUCACUUGGAUCUCAUUGUGGGAAAGGAGCAUGAAAAAACAACACGGAGCAAACAAACCUUCCCACAAGAACAGUAA